UACGGUCUACCGGGUCAAGUGGGCUAACCCGGCCCUGCUAUUGCUAUACCAAAUAUUUCUCAUGUUCUCUUUCUUGGCCUGCUUUUUCACUUUGUGAAGCUUUCAUUUCUACUCCACUCUUCUUCUCAUCUUCAGAUCUCAUCUCCUUCCUUAAGGUUAACCAAUGGCAACAGUUCGAAAUCUGAAAAUCAAGACAUCGACUUGCAAACGAAUUGUUAAAGAGCUUCACUCAUAUGAGAAGGAAGUUGAAAGAGAAGCUGCUAAAACAGCUGACAUGAAAGAGAAAGGAGCUGACCCUUAUGACCUAAAGCAACAGGAAAAUGUGCUGGCUGAAUCAAGGAUGAUGGUCCCUGAUUGUCACAAGCGGCUAGAGGCUUCAUUAGCUGACCUUAAAGCAACUUUGGCUGAAUUGGAGGAAGCGAAUGAGAAGGAAGGCCCUGAAUUCGAAGAUGCGCGCAGCACCAUAACCGAAGUUGAAAAGUUGUUUCAAACAACAGAGGCUUAGUGACAGCUUCUUUUAAGUGGCUGUAGUUACCAUAAAAAAAUUGACAUAGAUGGUUACAAAGUUUGUAUGUUUCUAUUUCUAGCUACAACCAGGUAAGAUGUCUUUUGGAACUUGGAAUCUUGCCAGUUAUCUGAAACUGAUUCUGCAAAUACCAAUGUUGUUUUCUUGAGUACUUAAUGUCUGGUUUUUUCACAUAUUUGUGGAAGAAAAUGGGAAUUCAUGCUUGUUUUUA